CGACAGCCCUCUGGAAAUAGCAGCAGAUUUCGUUGAACUGUUAUUCUGGUUUUAUUGUGGAAAUUUAACCCCUCGAGGUGGAGAAUUAGGCAGUUUUUUGACAGAAAAUAUGCCGGUCACAGCCAUCUGAAAACGUCGAAGCCGCCAUCUUGUUGUGACUUCAAAAUUUUGUGGAUGUGCUCCAAAACGUACAGCUUUUCCAUUUCGUCACUUGAGGAAUCUAAUGCAUUCUGUUUUAAUAUAGCCGUUUUGGUCUUUUUAAGACCUUCUUUAUCGAGAUAAUUUAAGGAAGAAUAACCGAGAGGAGGCAAAAUGUUUUGGAAAUUCGAGUUGCACCCGAACUCUGCUAUAGAUACGAUGUUGACUAGGGAGGUGAGUUGGUCUUGCAUACUAAAGCUGAAAAUACAGCGUUUCUAAACGCUUGAACAUGUUUCGUAUUUUCCCACACUUUUUUUUCCUUAGUUAUGCGAAUUUUAUUUUUACCAGGACUGUACCUUGAGCGAAAUUUUGGACGAAGAUGACGUGCUGCAAGAAACGAAAUCACAAAAUAGGAAAUUGAUAGAUUUGUAAGUAGAAAUAUCCUUGGUUCUCAAUAUUUGCCUUUGUUGAUAAAUUUUUUCAGCCGGUACUGUUUUGUUAGAUUGAGUUGGGAUAUCAUACACAAGUUACGGAGUUCUGAGUCAUUAAAUCAGAGUCACCUUUAAUCCUCAACAAUUUCUUGGAAAUGCUUAAACUUUAUGAAAUGUAAGCUUGAGCUUAUACGAAACGAAAAUAAGCCUUGGAUCGCGACAAAACGUAAUCUUUACCUCCUUAUAUCUUAAACACUAGCAGGGGAGGAGAAAGGGAAAUUAGAGUAAAUUUUGGAAGCAAAAAAAACUGCAGUUUGUAAAUAGCAAACUUAAAGGAAAUGAUUCGAAAAUUAGAUUACAGUCAAGUCGACCUCGAUUACUUUAACAUGUAAGUUAAUCCUUAUCAUCUUAUAUCGUUUAUCACUCUUCCCAGUUUUAUCAGAUGAAAUGCACCUUAUAUCUUUUUGUUUUGUUCUGUGUACUUAUAAAGGAAACUUUUAUGAUAUGUGAUUGUAUGUGAUAGUUAUGCAGUUGCAAUAUUACAGGUCACAUUAAAACUAUUUCAGUUUCUUCAUCUGGAGUAUCUAAAACUAAAUUCUUCAACCUAAAAUAUAUAUUAUUUUUUCUCAAAAUUAAAAAGGAUCCACUUUUGAAAUUUGUUGUAUUUAUUGAGUGUUCUUGAAAUGGUUGAUUUUAAUGUAAACAAAAAUGCCAGUUUUAUUAUCAACGAGUUGAUUUUUCAUUAUUACAAAACUUUUAAAUACAUCAUAUUCAUUUUGCAUUCAUUUUCUUUAUGAUAUUUUUCUCAAUUUGUAGCAAAUGAUGUACAUAAAAAGUUGUAAUACAGUGUGCAUAUGGUCACCCAAUUGCUAAGCACUUUAUUUCAAAGUCAAGGGGUAUUUUUCAUGACCUGCACAAACUCCACAUCACAAAAUUUCUUAUUAAAUUGUCCUGCCCCGGGAAUCAAACCCACAACCUCCUGCUCUGUAGUCAAGCUCUCUACUGACUAAGCUAAUCCUGCUACAAAGAGCAGCUCUCAAAUAUUUUUUACCCAAGACAGUUUUAUGUAUUUUUUUAGUUUACUUCCUUACACAAGGCAACCUGUCUGAGAUCUUGCUUAUCGGGCAAUUACUUGUCUGGCAGUGAAAUGAACUUUUCCCAGUCAACUGCACAAGACUUUUUUGUGCCCUUAAAAAAAGCAUCAAGUCCAUAAAGCAAAUAGGUUUUUGUACAUUUCUAGGUUCUUAACAUAUGUAUGGUGUGAGUAUUCAACAUCAUGGCCAUUCAAAAUUAAGUUUUUGCUUCACUGUUGUUCUCAGUUUCCUUCGUCCAGAGAUCUUGGAAGAGCUUGUGACCCUUGUCUUGGAUCCCCCAGAUGAGAACAAAGAAGACUUCCUGAAAUAUAAGUAAGUGAUUAAUCAGAGUUUAUACUACAUUAUUAUUAAAGGGGUACCUUGAAUCUAGAGCCCUAAGUGAAUUCUUAUAAACUGCUGCAUUGCUGCAUCCUUUCAACAGGUAGACCCUUCCACACAUUCAGGGCUGUCAACUGUCCCGGAUAAUCCUGGAGACUCCAGAUUUUGAACCAUUUCUCCCUGUCUCCAGAAUACAGUCUGAAAUCUCCCAAAUAAUUGGCGAAGUUUGUCAUUUCUUGUAGAUUCGACUUUCUGACGAUGAAAUUUCAAAUACUUUGGGUUGUUUGAGCUAUUUUACUGUUGACAUUGAAGGUUUCCUCACAAACGCCGGUAUGCCAUUGUAAUAUAAGCAAUAAUGUGAUUGGUGGGAAGUAAACUAAUUAGGUCAAAUGUUACAAUUCCAACAAUAUCUUUUUCUCGCCUUUUUUUUUACAAAUGACGUCUCAUGUGCCGUUUGCGUUGUGACAUCAUUAUUUUAUCAUCCCUUCCCCGUCAAUUCUCAACAUUUGAAGUCGUGGGGGGUUGACAGCCCUGCAUAUUUUGUUUUCAAGUUUUGAUAAAGACCAAUCAUUCAUUGGCACUGCUGAAAAGAGCUCCUUAAAAUAAGGUGCAAAGAUAUUGCCUCACGAAGUCUCCAAAUAUUACUGACAUUUGUACAGUGGUGGGCAUGAACUUGCAACCCACUUUACAAACAUCUGUAAAAUCAGUGACUUUGCAGAGCUAUAUCUUGGUUAAUUUACUACAAAUCACUGUCAAACUUGGCAGCUUUAAUGAUUUUAAGGCAUUCUUUCAAGCUGCGUUGACAGGUUUUUGCUAACUGGUUCUAGUUGAAGUUUUGAAAAAAAACAUUUAACAAGUUUUGAAUAAUUUUCUCCCUAACAGAACUUGGGAUUACUUUUCCUACCACUGUGAAUGGACUCAUUUUGAAAAUAAUACCAAACCAACUGUUUUACUGAAUAGCGUGAGCUUCCCUCUCAAUGAACUUGGCAACUUCCCAACGAAGUUCGGCAUGAAAUUUACAACUUUAGUUCAAAUUUCACAAUUUGAUUAACAACUGUGUAAUGAAAUUGCCAAGUUCAUGGCAAACCUCGGGAAUUUCAAAUGAACUUUGGAAACCGAUUGUCAAAAGUAUUGUGAAACGCACUGUAAACCUUAGUCAGAUUUGCCUUUUAUUUGUAAGUCCUUACAUAAUAUUAUGUAAGACAAUUUGAAAAGGAAAUUAUGAGCAAAAAAAGCCCAUAAAAUGUCUUUUGGAAUCACUGAACAUUCUUAAUCUUGCUGAUUUUUUUUAUAGAAUAUGCUCAAGUGGAAACCUUCUGUUGCGAAUGAUCAUUUGUACCUUCUGAAUACCACCUUAAUGGACAAUUCCAGAAAAUAUCCAUACCCAACCACGGACGGCUUCCAUGUUUUAUCCCCCCUUGCCUUCGGAAAUUCCAAAAUGCGUUACCCCCCCAUGCCCUCAGAAUUCCAUAAUCGUGAACCCCCCCUCCCCUUCAGAAUUUCCGUUUAUUUGGAAGUAAAUUUUCAACUUAGCAACGCCUAUAUGAACAAACAAACAUGAAUUUAUGCCUCCUCAAGGCUGUGAUCUAGCGGCGCCAGACGACAAGCUUUCAGACUCUAACCUACCGCUAGUAGACAGGCUGUGCAAACUCCUUUUUAGGUCCAAAUUUGGCAAUAAAAAUAAACACCACUAACGGCAAUUUUACUCCUCUUUGUUUUCUUGUGCUUUUUUGACGUUUACAAAGCAAAAUAGCUCAAAUUCAGACUGUUAAAAUCUUUCGGUGGUCAAAUAUACCGUCGAGGCGUGUUGCGUCCUUUUAUACGUCAUGUAGUGUGCACGAAAAGUGUUCUAAUCUGACAGGCGUUCCUUGGAAGCCAGGGACUGGUGCGAGUUUUUUUACUGUUCAUCGGACGGGAGUAACAGGAAACUUGCAAGCAGUAAGAUACAUAUUCCGUUUUUUUUUUCAUGUGACAAGAAAUUCAUCAAGGUUAAUGUGAAACCCACGUUUUACUGUUCACUUCUAUAAGUUAUGAGCGUAAACACGUGUCUGAUCUAUGCACGCUUGUCUUCUGCUUCCGCGGUCAUACGUUCGUGGUUUAUUUACGAACUACAAAAGUCCACAACAAUAGCGUUUUCAAGGAACUCACUCUACACUUUCUACUCCAGAAAUCCCACCUGUGGAAUUCCACCAUGCCUUCGGAUUUCCAAUCGUAAAUACCCCCCAUGCCCUCAGAAUUCCAUAAUCGUGAACCCCCCCUCCCCUUCGGAAAUCCUAAAAGCCGUCCGUGGUAUGGUAUGGAUAUUUUCUGGAAUCGCCCAAUACGCAAAAAACUUUUAGACUGUUCUUCGUACUCUGAACCUUUUUUUUUUAAGCUUUGUUUCAAAUGGUUAGAUAAAGGCCCCAAAGUAAAGGAAUUUCUUGUCUGUUACAGGCAUCCCAAUACAGCUUGUGAAGUACUUACUGCUGAUGUUUAUGCUAUCAUUGACAAGCUAACUAACAAUGAGGUACUGGUCUUGUCUUAGUUAUACUGUGUUAUACAAUGCUAUUUGUUAUUUGUAAUUAAUAAUUAAUGAAUGAGGCUGAGUGUCUAAUGAAGAAUUAUGGAGAUCUAGGAGGGUGUUCGGCCGGAUAGCACCCUCCAAGAUCUCCAUAAUUCUUCAUAUGAUACGAAAGCCGAAUUUUAUUAUUCAUUCAAAAUAAUUCCUAGUUUAAAAACAUAACUAAAACAUGCUUACUCCAUUGAUGUUAAGUUCAUCUUCGAUAGUGCACAUUUAGGGUAGUUCAGCUCUGCAAAUAUUCUCCAAUUAGCAGAUGUCGCCCUUCAAGUUCUCUUCUUACUGUUCUUGCCGUGAUGUUUUUAGCCAUUAUUUCACCUAGUUCUUACUCUUGAAACGAGUGAAAUGUCCACCAUUUUUGUUUUCACAACUAAAACAACUCAACCUCAUCCCCAGGUCUUCUCGGUUAACUGUGCAUUAACCUGCAAGAAGGCUGCACUUUUGAUGUCAUCGGUUUAUUAAAUGCAAAAUUCUUCCAAAUUUGGUCAUCAGUAGCUGGUUAUGGUGAAUUAUGCAUGUGCUUUUAGCCAAUCAGAAUCAGGGAAAUAUUUUGAAUGAAUAAUAUUAAUUCUAUGGAGACCUUAUCAGACCACCAUAGUGCACUUGUUUGAGGUAGAAAAGGUCUCUUCUCAUUGAUGUAGCAUAUCCAGGGUUCGCACAGUCUUGAAAAGUCCUUGAAUUUUAGGGGAAGUCCUUGAAAAGUCCUUGAAUUCCAUUUUUCCUUGAAAAGUCCUUAAAUUUCUGUGCAAGUCCUUGAAAAGAGCUUGAAUUUUCUUCAACUUUGAAUGUAGUAGCCUGGAAAGAAUUUUUUGAUGCUUUUUGGUUAUCCAAGACAGAAUAUAAAUCGUAGCUCAGUGAAUGUAAAGGUCAUUUACAUAAAGUGCUCCAUGUUUUAUGCAAUAAUUAACUAUCAGUUUAAGACAAGUGAACUGAAAAAUGAAGAGAAUUUGGUGAAGCAAACAGUUAAAGCCUUAAAGUCUUAUUAGAAUAUACUGGGAAUAUGCAUUUUUGUACAACCUGUGAACUUAUAUUCCUAGUAGGUUGUCCUUGAAAAUCUAAUGUGGUCCUUGAAAAGUCCUUGAAAAGUCCUUGAAAAAUGGUUGCAAUUUUUUGUAUGAACCCUGAUAUCGUGUGGUUUCUCUAAGAAAACACCUCACAUACAGCUCUUACUGUAUCUGUAUAGAUUAUUAUACUGAAAUUUCUUAAAAUGAUCAUCAUGAAAUAUUAUUUUGAUAUGAUGUGAUCUGUGAUCAAAUCUGCAAAAUCACACCAUCACAUAAAUUCAGGAGCUUGUCUAUACAGUCAACUCUGACACCUCUAUAAGGCGGACACCUGGUGUUGGUCCCUGCCAUUUUUCAGUCAUUUUACUGUAACUAUACUCUCUAUAAGACAGACACCUCUCUAACACAAACAACGGACACUUUUGAAGUCGUCAACAGACACUUGAGAAAAGCUUUAUGCAGUGAAAAAUACUUUAAAAUGGAAUUGUAGGUGCUCUACAUGACAAUAAAUUGCAAACUUUUUUAGUAUUUUGUAGUCUUUCUCCCAUUUGCAGAGUGUAUCUGUUACGCUUGUAGACCACGAAGCCGUAAAUGUUUGCUUGUAAUGAACAUUAUGAUUGCAGAAUAAAAAAAUGGUUCCACUCUCCUGUUACAAUGUUCUAGUUUGAGCUGUUUUGCAGGAGUUAAACAGACAUGUAGUGAUUGCGAAUGGGUUCAGCUAAAGUUUUUAGUGGUGUGUUGUUACCUCGACCCUCUAUAAUCCAGACACCUCUCGAAGACAGACAGCCAGGGCCUCUCCUGAAGGUGUCCAUCUUAGAGAGAGUUUGCUGUAUAUGCUGCUUUUUAAAAAUUAUUUAUAUUUAACAUUUUGUCCCAUUGUAGGAUCUACUCAACAAAAUCUGGUCAUUUAUGGCCUCGGAACCACCUCUCAAUCCUCUGCUUGCAAGGUAAAAUAAAUUUUGGUGAUUGUUUUUUUUUAAUGUUAGUAUUUGAAGUUUUGUUUUUACCUGAAGGGUAACUAUCUGAGUCUUCAUGGCAAUACUAUUUUUUAUUUCAGUUUCUUUAGCAAGGUCAUGGGAGUUCUUAUAAGCAGGAAGACAUCUUUGGUAUGUAUUUGAUCAUAGGUGAUUUCAUUUUUUCGAGGUGAUUUAUAUAUCUUGAAAGCAGUUUUAGAAAUUCAAAGUUCGAUUUGCUCAUUAAGCAGAGAAAAAACAAAAGGCAUGGAUAAAUCUAAGACCCUCAGUCUUUUAACACUGCGUGGAUUUUUGCCCAAAUACUACCUUAUAAAAGGAUUGAGCUUUAAAUCCAGAUUGAGCUUCAGAAUUUGAUGAACAAUUUGUCCAUUCCUACAAUCUGGAUGAGUUGCCCGCUCAAUGGAAUCCCUACAUGUACACUGUUCCAUAAAACCAACAAACCUCUUGUGUCAGGACCGGAUAUAUGCAGUUGUUCACAAGUAGUUUCCUUUUAGAAAUAUCAAAAAUUUGCUGUAAAGACAAUCUAUUCCUUGAUACUGCUGUAAUUUAUUUCUUACUAGAAAUCCACUACCAUCUCAUCACUGAGUUCAAAAAUUUAGUCUCCUUUUUUACCUGUUUAGAUGUUGGAGUACUUAAAAAGUAAAGAAGAUUUUGUGGAUUUAAUAAUAAAGCACCUUGGAACAUCAGCUGUUAUGGAUUUACUUCUUCGGUUAAUAACCAGCGUAGAAUCACCACAGCUUCGGCAAGAUCUUCUAGAGGUAUGCUGGUGAUUUCAGUGUUUGUUUCUCCAGUUCUUAUUUUUCUCUAGACUUACUGUUGUAUAAAUUAAACAUGUGUCCUUUUAAGCAUCACAGAGUACCCAGUGGCCUGUAACUUCAAAAUCCUUGGUACCCAAUAGUACCAAUGAACUUAGAGGGUGUACAACAAUGGUUUUUGCUCUGUUUGAGACACUCGCAAUAGACAAUAUUCAUACUCCUUGACAAUCCUGGUGCAUAAUUAUGUAUCAGGAGGGGGUUUAGCAUUGUACACACAGUCCUUGCAUUGUAAGUUAAAUUGGUUUGAACAAAGAUGACUUGAAAAGUAAAGUUUAUAAUAUUAAUGAAUUUACAUUUAAUAUAUUAUUUAUCAACAUAUUCAGUCACAAAUGAGUACAUAACAUGCACAUUUUACUAGACAAGAAGUUGAACUCAGACUUACACAAAGAUGACGAUAUCAAUUUCUAUUGUUUUGUAACUUCACUGUCGGUGCAACCAGUUCUUCCACAGUUUCAUUGGUUGAAUUAGAUAUCCCUUCAGCCUACCCAUAUGGUUUCAGCUUUUAAAUCUUGCAGUUUUUUUUCUGAUUUCUAUUGUUUUGCAGAGUUUUAGCUGUAAUUUGCUGAUGUUUGUUUGUGUUUUUGCCAAGAAGUUCCCUAUAUUAGCCUCGCAAUCAUGCUGAAAAGUCAUUUGUCCCAUGGCCAUUGGGCAAUAAAAAUAUUGUCUUUAAAUAAAUAAGCAGCACAAUGAAUCUACUGCCUUUCAUGUUUUCUUUUCUGGAAUACAAUCAUUUUCAAUGCAUCCUUAUUUGAACUUCAAUGUUUUUUGUGCAUGUAAAUGUUGUCGUUCAAUUUAUCCUUGGUUAAAUUUUAUUUUCUUUGGUUUAAAAAUCAUUAUCAUACAUUACCAUACCCUAAAACAAAAGAAAAGAAAAUUUCAACCUAGAAUGAAAUUGAACCACAAAAAAAAUAAUAAUAUUAUGUUCCGUGGUUUAUAAUAUUGAAUUCACACAGUAUUAUUUUCAAGUGUUAUUUGUUGGACCUGCAAAGAUUACAGAAAUAAGUAUUGUUAAACUACAUUGUGAAUUAAAAUGUUGACCAUCUACUUAAUUCAAAAUAUGUUUACUGUAGAUUUCAUGUGGUGACCCUGUUACUACACAUCAAAAGUAUAUUACCUGUAUCACUAGUUUUGAAAUAAAUCUUGCUGCCGUUUAUCUGUACAUUGUUAUUUGGCAAGUUACAUUUUACAGGCAACUUUAUUCUCAUUUGCACUGUGUAGUUGUCAUGAAAAUACCAUCGUGGGAAAGGCCAACCUAUAUUGUGUACUUCUUUUCAAGUGCAAACUUCCUUGAUAUGUCCUCCUUUAAAGUGAGGCAUCAAACAUUCAUUUCCGGACUUUGUAGGCCUGCACAACUGCUCAGAGCUCAGGGUUCUCAUUAACUACUUGGAGGUUUGAGCUGUCUACUUUUUGGGGAAAUAGGGUAAAGUGAGAGAGUGAAAACCUGAAAUUGCCUACAAAACUCAAUUGGCAAGCUGCCUACUUUUGCAUCCUACGCGUCUACUUUCAAACUUAAUGAGAACCCUGAGGGCUAUUAAACUUCAGCAACAGCUUUCAAGUAAUUUUCUUAUUUAUAUUUUUAUUUCACCCUGUAAAGGUGAUGUAUAAAUAUUAUCUGAGCUACUGUUUUUGUCUCCUUUCACCUUACAGUGGUUAAAUAAUCAGAAGCUUGUGGAAAGCUUGGUCUCUCUUAUUGAUCCUGAAAUUGAUGAAGAUGUGAGUACAUUAGCUGGACUGAAUUACUGUUGCUCAAGUUUCAUUACUUGAGCAAAGAAUGGGUUUCUUGUAGAUGUUACUAACUAAUAGAGAGAAGGGAGGUUUUGUACAUUAUGGGUGAGAUACAUUCUCAGCUAAUGAAAGAGAGAUAUAAAACUGCUUCUUGAUGGUCGUGUGGCUCAUGGUCUGCCAGAGAUCUCAUGCACUGAAGUCCUCAAGACAUCAUUCCUUUGAGUUUCUUUUAUGAGAUUCAAACAUUGCUGCCAGUUUAUCAGUACCGGUAUAUUCGUUGAUACUCAUGUUUGUAACUUAUUUCUCUCUCUGAAUUUUUUGUUUUCUGCAAAAAAAGAAACAGACAUUCAAUUCACUUACAAUGGGAGUGGUGAGACCAAUUUUAACCAUGACAGUGUAUAGGUUAUGUAUUUAGUAAAUAUGUAUCAACAUAAUUAUAUGUAUCAAAGUGAGCAGUUAUUUAUGCUGUAUAUUUCUUUUGCAGAGGAGUAGUAAUGCUGCCCAAAGCCUUUGUGAUUUAAUAAGACUCAGUAGAGAUCAUAUGUCACAACUUCAAGAAAAUGCUGACCAGGAUCCUUUACUUGAUGCAGUGCAAAGGUGAGUGCUUCUGUAUUGUGUAGUUCAACAAUCAGUGAACAGAUUGUCGAGAUGCUGUUGUCAAGUAGAGUAUAUUUAAAAGAACAAACAAGGCAGCCAAAACUCAUGUUACCACACCCACGUUGGCUCGUUUGAUGUUUUUUACAGGAAGGUUGAGGACAGUCACAACAUUGUUAGCCAGUUACAGUCCCUCAAAAGGGAAAUAACAAUUUUAUCUGUUUCCGUUACUUUCCGGCUUCAAUCAUGACGGUUGUCUCCUUUACCCAUUACUCAUUAGUGAGGCCAUGACCCAUUGAAAUAAAAUUUUUGUCUUCAUGGCAAAGAAAUUCCAUGGUCUGUUACAGGUAAGGGUUGGUCACCCAAUGUAUCUUUAAAAAGUAUUGAUUUUCCUGUGAUUAGAACAUCAUGCCUAACUCUUUUGAUCCAUUAGCUAUGGUGAUAGUGUUGUUAUUAUAAUUUAUUGCUGAUUAUGGUUUGGAAAUUUACCAUUAUCAGGCUAUGUGUGUCUCAAUUCUGGAAGUCUGUGUAUUCAACCUAAGUGGAUGCAUACUGAUGAUGUCUUUGAUUCUCCUCCCAAAGUGUCCUGUAUUGCAUGUUAGACAGGAACGACAUUGCAUCAAGAGUCACUAUGGUUUUCAUGAUCCCCUUUAAUUGCUACAUUAUGUUUGUUUGUUUGUUUUUUUCAGGAGAGAGACAGUGUCAGACUUGUUGGAUCACAUGCUUCAUGAUGUUCAGCUUCAUCCAGAUGUAGCUCUAGUAAAUGGAAUCUCUGUCCUUCUAACACUUCUUGAAGUCCGCAAAGGAAGGUAGAGCAAACCUCAUGUUACAAAACAUUUUAUUAGUAAUGCCACAACCUGGGAUACCGGCACAGUAAAUAUAACUCAUUAUUACUCAAGCCAUGUACACUAUCAAAAUUUUAUUAUCAGUAAAAAUGUACAUGAGGAAAUAAAUUUGGGAAUGACCAGUAUUGUUUUAUCAAUGGUAUAUUCAGCUGUAUUGUUAUGACUUUUACAGAGUAACUUUAAAAAUUUUGAAGUAAUAUAUCAAACAUGAGAUGCAGUGUUUCAUCACCAGAUGAAACACCGAGAAGAGAGUUUGAAAUUUUGAUUUGUCUUCGGUGUUUCAUCUGGUGAUGAAACACUGGGGUUUGAUAUUUCUUCUCAAACAAAAUCAUUUUUGAAGGAGAAAUUAAGGAUGCAAAUACUAAGCAGUGUUUCAUCCGAUUUCCAAACACUCAUUAAACAUUAAUUUCCUUUGUAUUUUCUUAAUGAAUUAUUAAUGAGUUUGAGAAUGAGUAUUUGAAAUAUUUCAUUGCAGGGGCUGCAUUGUUUCGUAAUUAACAUAUUUUUUUCUUCUCUCAGUGGUGAGGGGGAAGAACCCAUGACAGCCUUGGAUGCUGAAAGACUUGCACAAGGUGAGAUAAAACAAAAUAAUUAUUUACCUUUUAAAACUAGAAAUAUGUGUAUGUCUAACAGUGUAGAUUUUACAAGUAAAAAUGCUAAGGCCCUCUUUUGGGGGAUGUGUAUGCCCUUAGUUUGCAUUUUAAAACCUUCGGUUUCUCGUAUUGAGGUGAAAUCCAUGUCCUUGUCAGUCUUUUACUAUUGUAUUUGCACUUGUCUUCAUUGCCAUCACAGUUUAAGCCACACUCAUGGAUAAACCAUACCUCCAGUUUUCAGCCUUGGUUUAAAAAGGGUUUGGUUGGCAUCUUAGAAUUUUUGAAUGGGCAACUUAACGUGCUGAGUCAUGGAUCGAACAUUGUUGUUAUUCAGUUGUAAUUGUCAUCCAUUGUAAUUGUCAUCCAUUGAUGACCAUGUGGAAACAUAUCAAGAAAAUGCAUCAUUUCUAUGAAGCACAUAGAUCUUCAGGCUUGACGAAGAACAAGCAAUCAUGCUGUGUGUAAAUCAGACUUGUCUUCAAAUCAAAAACAUAAGCGAUGUUACUUCCUUUACAGAUGGAUAAGAUACAUAUCCUCCUUGAACCCUAAAACUGCUGAGUACAUUACAAAUUUUGUCCUACUUACAGGUGUCAGUGCUACUCUAGCUGCCUUGACCCCAAGACUCAAAGAUGUUCAUCAGCUAUUAGUAGAUCCUCCACCAGUAAGGAACAAUCAUGUUUACUGUAUUUCCUCAAAUAAUAGCCUUCUCUCAGUUAAUCGCCUACCUCAGUAAUCGCCCCCAUGGAAGAAAUAUUCAAAAUAAUGACCUCCCUUGAUUAAUCAUCCCACCACCACUUUUGCCAUGAUUGCUUUCUUUUAUCCAGUGGAACUGAUCAGUGAUGAUUCAAGCUCUGACACUGAGGAUAUCGUGACAUAUUAAAAAUUAAUCAAGGAACCAAAUUGGAACACUUAAAGAGCCCAUGUUCAUUGUUUGGUUUAAUUGGAUAACAAAAGAAAAAUUAGGACACGACUUCCAGUGAGCAAUAUUUGAAAUAAUCGCCUCCCUCACAUUAACUCCCCCUUUUUUGUGUAAAAGUAAUAAGAAUCGCCCUUGGCUAUUAUUCAAGGAAAUACGGUGUUUUAAUACUAACACUGACUGGAUAUAGAGCUUUUAGGCUCCUCAUGAAUUUUCUUAGAUGACAGUGGUUAGUUUUGCAAGUGAGCUACUUGAUGUAUGUGUCUCCUUUGGUUGUUAACUCAUCCCCCUUCGAUAUAACAUGGGUGCAAAGUAGAAUGUGUCAUUGCACAAGGUUUUUUUUCUGGGGGGGGCGGGGGUGCGGGGGAGGAGAUGGAGUAGUUGGGAUAAUCAUUCCUCCUGACUGCAAACCAAAAUAAUCUCCCUCAAUGCUGCUGUUGUGGUUAUUUGUCUAUUUUAGCCAGUGCUAUACUCCUAAAGCAACUUGUAGUAAACAAAUGCAAUGUUCCUUACAUGGCAUUUUCAUUUUCUCCUUAGAUGAAACCAAUGUUGACGACUAUAGGCACUUUGGACCCUCCCCUAGGGAAUGCUCGACUUCAAGCCUCUAAACUGAUUGCUGCUGUAUUAGCUACUAACAGUGAUACAAUUAAUGCCGAACUAGCUAACUUAGGGACUUUAAGAGUUUUAUGGGUAUGUAUUAUAGUCUUUUUUUGAACUUCAGAUAAUCCAUUUUGUCAAGUGAAUUUUUAAAUUAGUUUUGUCUUCCUACAAGAAAUGAAUGUAGAUAAUGCAACCAUAGGUAGUGCCUGGACAAAAAGCCCAAGUACAGUGGCUUCAGAUAAACUGCUUAUUUCUGUCAUGUAUCUUAUCAUGAUCCAGAUAAUUUCUCCUACUUUCCUCUGCUCAAAAUUAUCAGCACAGGACUAUCAUUAAGGGCAAGGAGGAAGAGUAAUUUCCCGGGCUCUAAUUGGAAAUGUACAGCAAUGUAACCCCCAACUACAAAGUUGGCAGACAUGUGAUUCAUUGAUGAUAAAGUCAAACAACAACAACUUUAUUAAAAAGCAAUGAAAUACAUUAAACAUAAACAGAUUUCUGGCGGCAAUGAAAGGAGGUUAAUUUCAACCAGAUUACCAGAUUUUAGUUAAACAAACCCCCAAGGGUUAACUUUCAAUUUUUUUUUGGUUCCGUAGUCAUGUCACUGCAAGUAGGAUUUUGCAGGACAUGGUUAUUAAUGUUUAGUGCAACAUUGUCUUUUGACACUGUCUUAUUUGCAGUUCUAUGUGAGUGGUUAAGUUACUUUCAGCCUUUGAGCUCAGAUUGAAUAAUCUCUUCUUGACUUGCAGGAGUUAUUUUUUAAGUAUUCAUGGAAUAAUUUUCUCCACUCCCAAGUGGAAAAGUGUAUAACCACAAUUUUAAAUAAUCCUCCAACGGAAGAAGAUGGAGAACAAUGCACCCCUUUGGUGGAUGUUGUAAGUUUGCCUUUAUUUGCAAGGUUGUUCCUGAGGGUCGCCUUGUCAUUCGAAGGUUAUGUUGACACUAUACCAGUUACCUUUUUGUGCUGACACAAAAACUAUCCAGUAUAGUAUGAGCACCUAUCCGACAUCAAGCCCUAGGAUUUCAAAUCCCAUGAAUAGCCGUUUUUCAGUUCUGUGCCCAGAGAUCUUGGGAACUCAUUGGUAACAAUUUUUUGGUUCCAUGAAAAUUCAUGGGAACCCACUUUUAUUUUUUUCAAUGUGCAGAAACAUGUUGUUAAACAUACUUUAUAACUAAAGAACAUCAUAUUGAUCCCUCAGGAUAUGUCUCUGGGAAACUAUUUUUUGGUUCCUCUAUUUUAAAAUCACGGUAAUGACACAGUAUCGGAAAAGAUCGUUACCGUGAAAUCCUAGGGCUUGCGACAUGUGACUCUCUACUUUAGAGAAUGGUGCGGUGUGGCGUAGCUCUGCUCCAUUACGGAAAUUGUGCCAAAUUCCUCUCUCUCACUGUAGCUGUGAACAGAAGCCCUGUCCAGUAUGGUUUUCUUGCUGGUGCAAUAGCUGUCCAGUGUAGUGUGAAUAUAGCCUAAGUCAAAAUGGUUAUGAUAGUCUCACUGUGUCUAUAUUAAGGAAUAUUUAGUUCCAUCUUUUUACUGGCACAAAAAUUUUUUAAUAAACUGUAACUCCCUUUAAAGAUUGUGAAGAGUGAAAACAUUCAAACGUUCUGCCGCCAAGCAAGACAUAUAUUUUAUUAUAUUUUAGGCUUUAACUGUGAUUUUGCAUUGUAGUUUUAGGCUUUUUAAUAUAGUUCUUAAAUUCUAUUAUUGUAUUUUUAUUAAGCUUUUUAAAAUAAUGUAAUAUUUCAUGAAAAUUUUUGAUGUAAAUAUAUUUUUAAAAUACAGGGCCCCUAUGGAAUGGGCUACCCUGUGUAAAAAAGGUUUUACUUACUUACUUCAACAAUAAUACAAAGCUGAAGAGAUUUUGUUGUUUCUUGUUGUCUUUUUCUGUAGUUAUUUAGAGACUGCCAGAUUAUUCAAAGGAUUCUUCAAGAGUGGGAAGAUCAAGAGUCAGACACGUAAGUUAUAUACAAUAAUGAUAAUAAUAAUAAUAAUUUCCUUUUGUUAGUGUGGAAAUUAUAUAAGACUUGAAACGCUUCAAAGCCAUUUGCAUAAUUUGUCUUCAUAUUAUAGUCUUGAUGAUGGCAUUUUGAUGAUGCUGAAAGGUUGUCUUUUUACACUCUUACUUGCUUGUUUCUGUUUCACUAAAUCACUGCUGAUUUAAUAAUAAUAAUAAUAAUAAUAAAAUUUAAUACAAUAUACAUAAAAACUAAAUAAAUGUAUGCAGUUACAUGUAGGUUACCCUCUAGAAGUGAACAGCAAAUAUGUAUCAUAAUGCUGAAUUAUAUUGCAGGCUACGCCUAUUGAAAAAACAACUUGUACAAUGUUUGCAUGGAGCAUUACAGCAGAUUUACUUUAAUGAUAGUAUGUAUCUUGUUAAAUUUAUGCAGAGGCCAGAAGAAUCUUCGUAAAGGAUACAUGGGUCAUUUGACAAAUGUGGCGAACAGCAUUGUGCACAGUAAAGAGAAAGGCAAAAACAAGGCUGCUCUUGAAACAAUAUUUUCUGGUAGGUGUAACCUGCAGUCAAGGGCCAUAGGCAUUGGCAGUUCAGUUAAUGUUCAAGUGAAGCUGGGCCCGAAAGAAAAAAAAACUUGAAUUGCCCGAGGCCAUUGCUUGCUAGUCUUUGUUAAUAGUAUUUUCAUUACACCAUGACUUGCUUAGAUCCUUACCCACUGGGCAAGUGGGCUUAAAAGUUACUUGCCAAGCAAGAAACUGUGCUGAAAUAUCAAGUUAAUAGUUAAGAAUUGUAGAACUUUAAAGGAAUCAAGAAGGCCCAACACAGAUGGACAAAGCUUUUUCCCUCAUGAAAAUUUUUCAGAAAUCUUGAGUUCACCUUCCGAUAUUGUUAAUUUUGUUAUUCUGGCAAUUUUCAGAUUUGCCAGAGAAGGUUCGUGAAAAGUGGAAUACGUUUGUUAGUGGCAAGUUGGCAGAAGUCAACAAGCAAAAUUUAUCUGAAUUGGUGAGUCAUGUCUAUUGAUUGAAUAUUGAUAUCUUCUUAACCAUCACUCAAUCCAUAAACGCCUAGUUUCCUGACAUGAGUGCUAGUUCUUGCUUUGCAACCAGAAUAAGCAUAACUUGCCAUCCAGAUUACAAUCUUGAUGUAACUUGUUUUAUGCUUGCUGUCUUACAUUUUAUUGAAACUGAUGCAAGAAAACAGAUUUUUGUUCAUUUUAGGGACUUCCUCUAGUAAAGAUGCAAGAAAACAGAUUUUUCAGUUCAUUUUUUCAUGGGACUUCCAUUGAAUUAGUAAAAAAGUUCAGUGUCCCCUGGCAAUCUACUGUUGCCCUUCAGCAUCCAGGAAGUUUUUCAUGUAACCUAACGAUAAAUUCUUUUUUGUAAGCAACAAAAUCUUUUUGCUGGACACCCUGGAAUUUCAAUCAAUUUAGCCGGACUAAAUAAUUUGUUCUGAACCGCUUAGCUUUUACAACAAUCUUUUAUGCUGGACACCCUGGAUUUCAAGUUCUGAGCUCGUGGGCUUCCUUCAAUUUUUAGAGAAGACCCAGAUUUUGCUUUCUUUUUACUCAUCAAUGGAAUUGUCCUAUUCACUGCUUUUCUUGUCAUUCCAAAAUUGUUUUAAGCACAAGUAGCUAGUGGCUGUCAUAAUUUACUAGUUGUUCUUUCUUUCUUUUUUUUUUGGUAUCAAGGUUGGUCAUCAUUUUCAGUCAUCUUCAGAUGAUGAAGAUGAUUUCAAGCCAAUAUCAUUCUUACACACAGAAAGCUCACUUCAACAGGUAGAAAUAUUCAGUUUAAAAUGUGGGGUAAUUUACAGUUCACCUCUGAUAUUUAUAACACCCUUGGGGGUUUGAGUUAUUGUCCUUAAAAUAAUGUGAGUCCACAAACGUAAAGUGCAUGAGCAAUUUCUUAAGAAAACAUGUGCACUAUAGGGGUAAUGUGUAUUUUUAUUUAAUACAAUUUUGAAUUUGCUGCACAAAAAUUCAUAAAUCCAACAAAAUGGCAAAUAAUGUAAUAAUAUUAAAUAAUUAUUGUUGAAGUAUAUUUUGCAUUCCCAUUGUCAGGAGAGUGAGAAAUGGUGAUGUCAUGAUCUAAAAAAGUGUCUUAUUUCCAUAAUAGCAGGAGUUGAUUGUAGUGAAAUGUCUGAAAUUUGGUUAGAGCUUAAGCUGCCAACCUGGCAUAGUACAGUAGCUAGGUGUCUGAAGUAAUGAGGUCUUCGCAAGGCUAGAGUUGACUUUGAUAUGAAAUGUUUUGAAGGCCUCCAGAUUUGCUUUUCUCAACAUGGGAUUCCUAGUCCUGAAUGUUUUUCUGUUCAUUCUAAAAGCGGAUCGUGGUGAUUGUUUGGUGAUCAUGUAAAAAGAUUACUCAAUAAGGUUCUCCUAACACUCUUUGUGGGUGAUUACUUUUAGAGCAUUUUGUGGUGUGGGACUUACAUGUAUCUUGUCUGUUUUUCUAAGGCAUUUUCACGGUACCAGAUGCAACAAAUAACAUCAGAAUUUAUGGACACAUUUGGCCUUGAUGAAGAAGAGCUUAAGGACCCAGAUGACUCAAUUAGGUAAGACACAACUGACAAAGUUGAAAAACAUUACAAUAAAAAGAUCACGCUAAGUUAUUUUCAUCUAGAAAAUAACAAUAUUUUGGAGUAAAUUUGAUUGAUUUUGAUAAGUUAAAAACCCCCACCUUGAUAAGCUUUGAUUUUAACAGGUAAUAGUAAUCUGUGACAGUGAUAAUCAACAGUGUCAAGGUUUAAAGGAUUAUUGACCUUAUUUCUUUCUGUUGCAGUGGCCCUUUUGACAGAAUUGGGGAUAUCAGUUUUUCAAUAAAUACUCAUGAAGAUAAUGUGAGUCUGGAUUGUGAAAACCUUUUACUUACAGUCAAUAAUUUAUAGUACAAAUUGAUCUGGGACUUCUUUAUUGAGCUUAAAAUGCAAGGUGCAGCCCAGUGUUGUAGACGUGUUGAAGCACAAAUGGUGAUUCAAUUGAAUGACUUCAAAAUCUUCUACUGUAGUUGUAUUGAUUCUGGUGGUGAUAUUUAGAUUUUGGGAUAUUAUAGUCAAUACAAUAAAACAAGACCCUCAAUGAGUAUUUUUCUUUGUAUUUUUUUUUAUGGAGUAUUACUUAGUUUUUACAAAGAAAUAUUAGAGAAGUAUUGAGAAGAAGUAUUGUUAAGCCUCUGAAAACUGAUCUAGAAGCAAUAAACAGCUCUUUACAUGUAUGUGAAGGCACUUAAAAUGCAGCCUUUGUUUUUUCAACACUGCAGCCUAACACUGCCCUUUUUGAAGCUUGCUGUAAUGAAAAAAUUCAACAGUUUGAUGAUAGUGGGAGUGAUGAAGAGGUAAGUGUGUGCUUGGACUCUCCUAUCAUUUUAAUACUAAAAAAAUACAAUCGAGGGGCAAGCUGGGGUUGUGGGUACUUAUGGGGUCAAACAUUUACAUUUAUUUACAUUGUGAAGGCAAGCCCCUCCUCUGAGCAAAUCAUGCUCUGACAAAGAACUAGCACUCAAACCAUCCAUUUCUCGGAUCAUUAUAAAAUUAUGUUUUUGGGAAACUGCCCACCUGUCCCUCCCCUAAGCUAACGUUUUGCCCUAAGUGAGAAGUAAGUGUUAAUGUUGGCUUAAGGGAGGGGUAGGUGGGCAGUUUCCCAGAAACGUAUAACGAUUCUCUAUCUCCCUAGUUGGCCCUUCUACUUUAUCUACUCAGUUGGCAAAAUUAAGUCUUUGUAUUUCACUUCCCCACUAAUGCAACAGCUGAGUUUCUUGAGGAAGUAGCCCUUAAUGGCUCAUGUUCGAUAUAUUAAAAUUCAAGCAUGACUCCAAGGCUUUAGGGUCCAUUGUCUCACAAUUCCCAAAAGAGACUUGAGCACAAAGAAAACCAAACCAAAUGUAGAAAAAUGACCAGAAAGCCUCAGAGUCAGAAUUUUGAUAAUAUCGAAUGUGGGCUAUUCAAUAGUAAGGUAGUAUACAAGUAAGUUACAUACAAAAUUAGGAGCUGUGGAUAAGUGUGUCGUCAACACAAAAUUUCAGUUUAAUGCAAUUGAAAGGUACUAUUCAUUUAGGUACAUUUAUGUCUAUGAUAUGCUCAUUUUUGAUUUGUCUCAAGAUGUAUAGUCAAGAGACAAAGGAUAAUCAAUAGCAAUCAAUAAGAUUUUUUUGUUUGGUCUGUAGGAUAUGUGGGAAGAAAAGGAGCUCACUUUUUCAUCCAUUGUUGAAUCAAGACAAAGGUUGGUGACUAAAUGCAUAGGUGGUCAUUUACUGAGGUGAUCGUAAGGCAGAGUGCCACCUUAUUAUUGUCAUUGUCAAUAUGAAAUUGCUGAUUUCAUCAUUGCUGUGCAGGCCUUCCACUUAUUGUUUGUGACAUUUUUAUUAGUUUCUUGCUGGUCGUUUGACACCUUAAUGUUGUUUGGUGUCAAUUUGCAGUACCCUGUCCCCUGAAGCAGGAAGUGACAGUGAAAGCAGUGACAGUGAUGAUGAUUUAGAGUCACCUGGGCAUAAAGUUCCCAAUGUAGGAUUUGAAGGCAGCAGCCCACAGGGAUCACCAGUUAAACAAGCACCUGCCUCUACCUCUGCUUCAGAUAGCAAAAUGGAAGUUGAUCCCUCUGAUGGUGUGUUAUUAUAAAGUUUAUGUUACCAUCACACACUCCCAAAUGGCCCAAAUCCUUCAACAUAAACCACAUUUUUGUGAUUCCUUACUACAGUUCUAGUGAACCUCCCCUCCAUACGACACACAAUGGCUAACUCAUCCUUAGCAGCCACCAUAUUUCUCAGCCUGUGAAUACCGCCACCUAUUAUCACUCUUGUCUCUAUGGAUGUCGUGUGAGAGAGAUGUCUUGUACUCUUUCAGCUGUUGUUUAGAAGUGACAGUCCAAAGCCAAAAGGCCACAAACAUCAAUUGUACAAGGAUCCAAAUUAAUCCAAAAUACUCAUUUCCUAGUGUGUCGCUUGGCACUUGGUUUACCCUAUUCUCUUUGGAAUUUUCUCCACAUGUUUUACCAUUAUUAUCCUUUCCAGCAUGGUCAAUUGCAUUUGGACCAGGUGAAGUAGCCGUUGAUGAAGCAGUUUCUAUGGAUGCUUCCGAUGUAGGCUGGGGAGAUACACCAACAACGACAGCAGAUACUGGCUGGGCCACAUUUGACAGUUUUACAGACAUUCGAAUGGCUCCAAGCAGGUGUGAACUUGAUAUGACUAUUAGUCACGUGCAACCUGGCCCUUUCUUAAAAUAUCUUGCCAAAUAAGCUGCAUCCACUUGUUUUCACGGCUUUCCCCCUCUAGACCCCCAAUAAACUUCAAGCACUGAUGGCAUUGUGGGUGUGGGAUUACAAAUAAUAAAGAGAAGUUGUUGACCUUCGACACAAUUCAGUUCAUCUCUGGUGAUUGUGUCCUUAAUUGUCAUAACUUUCCUGUUCGAUUAAGCUGCUGGUUACAGGGAGAAAUCAGAUGCUAAUAAUUCUGUGGCAAUAUAGGUUUAAACAUGGUUGUGGUGAAUUGUAGUGACUUGAGCUUCCAGAGCCAGCUCUCAGGCUUAGCUAUGUUAUUUUGUUUUAAAUAACUUUAAGCUAGCCUGUGACUCCUCAGUGUUGUACCCUCCCCAUCUGUACUCAGUAUACUCCACUGUGGUCCUGUUUACUUGCUGUUUGAACCUUAUACGUGGUUGACUUUUGUUGUUUUCAGUGAAUCAUCGGAAGAUGCAGGCGAUUCUCCUGUAGCCAUGGAAACAGAGACACCACAAGUUAUUGCACAGGCAGGAGCAGCGUACAGUAAGUUAACUGUCGUCAUAGAUAUUAAUACCUCAACUCAUUGAUGUACUUGUGUUAUAAUACUCAAAAUAUGAGUGAACAAAAACGUAUAAUCACCGUUUCGUCAUUGAGAGAUUUGUGUGCUGGUUUCUUUUUUGGUAUGUGAUCUUGUCAGUGUAGAGAAAAUGUCAUGAGCGCUCAUUAGAGUAAUGGGCUUGUUUUUCCUGGAACAAGUAGCAUGGAACGUUUUUUAAUCUCUGGUUCAAAAAAUCUAUUUUGAGCCUUUAAGUAUCUCUAGAAAUAAGAUAUGGGCGAAAAGUUUGUUCUCCGUUGUUCAAUCCCAGUUAUCUCUACCUCCUUGUUCUGAUGGGACAGUUUUUUCCCAUAUGAGGAUUUAGCUCCCAAAAUGCUUCACUUCGUCAUAUCGUUACUUAUGAGGGAAGGGUGGGGCAGCUAAAUGUUUUGCCGAUGGGGUGGGUGCUUAUUUGAGAGUGGUAAAUAAUUGGACCGAUCGAUCAUUUGAGGAAAUACAGAACUGCACUGGAUAUAUAUAUAUAUAUAAAUGAUGCACUCUCCUGUUUUAAAUUUGUUAUAGUUGUUAAAGAAGAUACCAGCCCAAACAAGGAAGAUGAGCUAAGGUACUUAAUUAAAUCAACACUCUUUUCCUCUACAACCUGUUAUUUUACUAUGUUUAUCUAUUAGUCGCCACUUGCCUCGUCCCUAGGCCUCAUUGUUCCGCGCGGCCAAUGCGUUUUGGGUCACGUGGUCCAAGCGAGUUGUGCAUUGACCGAGAAGGCUUGGAAAUAUGUCUUACAGGGACCAGGCAAAGUCGCGUCUGAAAGCAUAUGAAUUUUUUUAUUAGAACACAAGGCCUGGUGUCCAGUGCUGAGGAUCUUGGAGUAAACCGGGAUACAGAUGAAGGAAAGUCUACAGAGCAGACUGAAGCUUCCCCUGCCUUGGACAGAGCUGCUUUGUACAGGUAAAAAUGACCGGGAAGCCAGAAUGGUUAUUUCAAAUAUCGAAAUAGUAAUAUCGUGUUCUGAUUAAGUAGUUUAAUAAGACAAUGGCAAAGUUAACCUUCCCGUUCCUCGUUUCCUUAAAAAAGGCAAGCAUCCGUUCGUGAAAAAUGUUUUCGUGUGAUAGAAGUCAGUUACCGCAGAGUAGUAUGUUUGUUUACCCGUUUCACUCCUAGCUAGUUAUUUUGGAAAUGCAAGUUCGAGAACCAGAGUUUCACUGCAAUAGAACGCGUAGACGAUCGAAUGAGCCAAUCAGAUCUCACAGAAAACACGUGGCGGGAAAACGCCUGUGCGCAAGUGACGAUUGCUUUCAGUUUUGAUUCUCAUUGGUUGGGAAGGUAGUGUCAGAUUUCUUAGCCAAUCAGAAUGCAAAGCAGGUCAAAAUCAAAGUAAAAACAAAGCUUGUUUUCUGUUUUGUCAUCAGGUGCGAGGCUCAACCAAGUGAUAGCUCAGCACCUUUAGCGACAAAUGAUAGUGAUGAUGACAUUUCAGAUGACGAAACCACUCCAGACAAAUGUGAGAAAGCUUUCUCUAGGUGAGAUGGGCUGAAGAACAGCUCUGUUCUUCCUCUGUAUUUUAUUGGCACUGACUUCUACACUUCUGUGUCGUAAUACUCCUUUUUGCAGUCUUUUAAGAAAAAAAUUUGGAAUGUUGUAGGGUGUAAAGUUAAAUUUCAACUUUCUGCAGCAUAUUAACUAAUUCCAAACGCCAUGUUCUCCAAACUUCUUAUCUAUUUCUGUUAACUCUGUAAAUAAACCUGCACCGUGAGCUUAGAAACUUGUAGCUUGUAGAGAAGAAAAAUCAAACUCGUUUAAGGGAUGCUAAAUACUUUGUAAUAACUCUUUUUAGACUGACAGACGAAGGAACAAGAGGAGAAGGAUCUCCGGGCAGUGAGGUACUGGUAAGUUGUGUGUUGAGUGUGGUCCAUUUUGUGUAUUAUCGCCAAUUACGCGUCCUUACUCGCUAUGGAACCUAAGUUAACGAAGAAUUUACUUGUGACUGACAAAAGCACAGCUUGGUUAUAAGCAAGUGUACCUCCCAAUCAUUAUAUUGAAGCUACAAACAACAGAGGGUUGUUUUUACCUUUCAUUUCCUUGCAAGAACAUAACUACACUGUGGAGUACAUUGUGUUCGAUCUGGCUUACACCACCAAGUUGUUUUGUUGUGUUGACUUAGGCCUAACAGAGGGUUUUUCGUUGUUUUCGUAUGCAGCCCCUGAAUAAUGUUCACGAGGCCAAAAUGACAAGUUCAAAGCUGGAUAAUGGACCUGUGGAAUUUACUACGGACAAGGCACAACAAGGAUCAUCAAAGAAGAGUAAAACGGAUCAAGACGCACCGCGGUAA